GGGUUUUUACCAUACUGUAAGUAAUGUCAUAACUCCAGAUCUCAUAUUAUUGCAGGAACAGAGUCAGAAUGGUGUAUUGUGUGUAUUCUUUCCUCCUCAGUAUAAUUAGCCAUCAUGGUGAACCAGGUUCAGAGAGGGGACGGUAGCUGGCAGUCAUGCAAGAGCGACUCCAGCGGGGCCAGCAACAGUGGCGGGGAGAGCUCAAAGGAGAGCUCGCGGUGCUCCACACCAGUGCUGGAUGCAGACCGGUCAGACAGGCUGCGGGACAAGAUGCGGAGAAGGAUGGAGUCCGGAGACCGCUGGUUCUCCCUGGAAUUCUUUCCUCCCCGCACAGCCAGUGGAGCUGUCAACCUCAUCUCAAGAUUUGACCGUAUGGGCUCCGGAGGGCCUCUAUUUAUCGACAUUACAUGGCACCCAGCCGGGGACCCGGGCUCAGACAAAGAAACCUCCUCCAUGAUGAUAGCCAGCACAGCUGUUAACUACUGUGGCCUGGAGAGCAUCCUCCACCUGACCUGCUGCAACCAGACCAAAGAGAAGAUCACAGGCCACCUGGCCAAAGCAAAGCGCCUGGGCCUCAAGAACAUCAUGGCACUGAGAGGAG